AUGGGACAGAAUGUGAUAUUUACGUUGCUGGCAAUGCUUUGCUUGCAUAUCAACUUUGUUGCAUCUCUAAAAAGCUCCGUAGAUGAAUAUGCUCUUUUAGCCUUCAAAUCUCAAAUAACUUCUGAUCCAAAUAAUAUCUUGGCUAAAAAUUGGUCACAAGGAACGUCGUUCUGUAACUGGGUUGGCAUUACUUGUGGCAGUCGACAUCAAAGAGUUAGGGAGUUGAAUCUAGCAGAUAUGGGUGUAGGAGGUACUAUUGCCAAAAAAAUCGGUGAACUUUCUUUUUUGAGAUCCUUGAUUAUUAGCAACAAUAAUUUUCAUGGAUUUAUCCCUGACGAAAUUGGUAAUUUAAGUCAGCUUCAAGAAAUACAGAUGCAUAACAAUGAGCUAAAUGGUCCUAUUCCAGCAAGUAUUGGAUUUCUUGAAAAUUUACAGGAGUUAAUUCUCUCCAAUAACAAACUCUAUGGGGAAGUUCCUAAUAGGAUUUUCAACCUCUCUCUUUUGAUGAUAAUUGAUUUACAAAACAAUAGUCUCUCAGGAAGUCUUCCUCCAGAUGUCUGCAAUAAUCUACCAAAUAUGGAGAGGCUAAGAAUUUCUCUUAAUCAAAUAAGUGGUAACAUUCCUCCAAGCUUGGGAACAUGCAGGAAGCUUCAACUACUAUCUCUGGCGCACAAUAAUUUUUCUGGAAGCAUUUCCAUGGAAAUCGGAAACUUGUCAAAGAUUCAAACUCUCUAUCUAGGACGGAAUAAUUUGAUAGGUAAAAUCCCGCAUUCAAUCGGCAGUUUAUCAAAUUUGAAGGAAUUGACUAUUCAUAAUAAUAGUCUUCAGGGUCAAAUACCAGAUUCCAUCAGUAAUCUCUCUAUGUUACAAAUACUCGAUCUUAGUUACAACAGUAUUUGUGGAAGUCUUCCAUCAUCAAUAACCAAUGGGCUCCCUGAACUACAAGGUCUCUAUCUUUCUUGGAAUGAAUUGAGUGGAGAAAUUCCUGCCUCUAUUUCAAAUUUUCCUAAGCUCACUCUAUUGGAAUUAAGUCACAACUCUUUCAGUGGAACUAUUCCAAAUGAAAUUGGAAACCUAUCAGCACUUGAAUAUUUAGAUUUAUCAUACAACGGUUUCAGUGGAACCAGUCCAUAUGAAAUUGGAAACUCAUCGGCAAUUCAAUAUUUUUAUUUAGAUUCAAAUACCUUAACAGGUACAAUUCCGCAUUCAAUUGGCAGUUUAUCAAAUUUGAAGGAAUUUAUUUUGUUCAAUAACAGUUUUCAUGGACAAAUACCUGAAUCCAUCUUCAAUCUCUCCAUGUUACAAAUACUUGAUUUCGGUAUCAAUAGUAUAUCCGGCAAUCUUCCAUCAUCAAUUGCCAAUGGGCUCCCACAUCUCGAAGAACUCUAUCUAGAUAACAAUAGAUUGAGUGGAGAAAUUCCUUCCUAUUUUUCAAAUUUUUCUAAGCUUACUAUCUUGGAUCUUGGUUUCAGCUCCUUCAGUGGACAAGUACCCAUGAAUCUCGGGAAUUUACAGAACCUACAGAAGCUAGGACUUGAAAAUAAUGAGUUGACAAAUGAUCCUUCAUUGCUCGAAUUGGAUUUUCUUACUUCAUUGAAAAAUUGUAGGAAUUUGAAGAUCAUAAGGAUGGAAUUCAAUUCUUUUCAUGGAAUACUACCAAAAUCCAUGGGUAAUUGGUCAACAUCUGUUGAAUCUUUCACUGCCGAUUAUUGUGGUAUUAAAGGUAUCAUUCCUAAUGAAAUUGGUAACAUGAGCAACUUGAUCAAGUUAGACAUUGGAGGCAAUGAAUUGACAGGAACAGUCCCUGGCACAUUGGGUCAAUUAAGAAAAUUGCAAUACCUGGGACUUCGUUUCAAUAAACUAGGGGGGUCGGUACCUCUCAACCUUUGCAAUUUAGUAAAUCUGUAUUAUCUAGGUUUGAGCAAUAACAGGCUUUCUCAACAGAUACCAACUUGUUUAGGAAAUCUUACCUCUUUACGAGAAAUUUAUUUAGAUCACAACUUAUUGACUUCCACUAUCCCAGCCACACUUUGGACUAACAAGGAUAUUCAGAUUUUGAGUUUAGCUUAUAAUUUGCUGAAUGGGUCAUUGGCUUCAGAAAUUGGAAACAUUGUGAGCAUCAGAGAGUUAUAUUUAUCAGGAAAUCAGUUUUCAGGCGAUAUUCCAAGCUCCCUUGAGCAACUUCAGAAUUUGGAAAGACUAACAUUAUCGAGCAAUCAGUUACGUGGUCAUAUACCUGAGUCGUUUGGGAAUCUGAUUUCAUUGCAAAUUUUGGAUCUAUCCAAGAACAAACUCUAUGGUGUAAUUCCCAAGUCAUUGGAGGGUCUUGAGUACCUUGAGUAUUUCAAUGUUUCGUUCAAUGAACUCAGUGGUGAAAUUCCAAAUGGAGGGCCUUUUAAGAAUUUCACGUCAGAAUUUUUUGUAGGCAAUAGAGAAUUGUGUGGAGCAUCUCAAUUUAAGGUCAAGACAUGCAAAGAUAAUACAACUAGAUUGUCAAGCAAUACCAGAGUAUUGAAGUACAUUUUACUGUCAGUUGCUGUUGUAUUGAGUCUGGCCAUUAUUGUGGUUUAUGUAAUAAGACGCGGUAGCAGAAAUGCAGUUCCACCAGCUCACUCUACUUCCCCCAUCACCGUCAAGAGGAUUUCAUAUUAUGAAGUUCUAAAUGCUACAGAUAAUUUUGGUGAAGGGAAUCUGAUUGGAGAAGGCAGUAUUGGUUUAGUGUACAAAGGAAUAUUUUCAGAUGGAAUGAUUGCUGCAAUUAAGGUUUUUAAUCUAGAUUUGGAAGGUGCAAACCAAUGUUUUGAUACUGAGUGCCAAAUAUUGUGCAACAUUCGUCACAGAAAUCUUGUCAAGAUAAUUACUAGUUGCUCUAACCUUGAUUUCAAAGCCUUGGUGCUGGAAUAUAUGCCUAAUGGAAACCUCACAAAAUGGCUAUCCUCGAGCAAUUGUUUCCUAAAUAUGUCUCAAAGAUUGGAAAUAAUGAUAGAUGUGGCAUCCGCACUCGAGUAUCUACAUCAUGGGUGUCCCUUUCCGAUUGUUCAUUGUGAUUUGAAGCCCAACAACAUACUUUUAGAUGAAGAUAUGGUUGCCCAUGUUGGAGACUUUGGCAUUUCCAAGCUUUUAACUGAAGACCAAAGAAUUUCAAUUACCAAGACGUUGGGGACCAUUGGAUAUAUGGCUCCAGAGUAUGGAUCUAUAGGAUUAAUAUCAACUAUGGCUGAUGUUUAUAGCUAUGGGAUUAUGCUGAUGGAGACAUUUACCAAAAAGAAGCCUACAUAUGAUAUGUUUGUUGAUAGUGGAUGUUGA